AAUUCGAAAUAAAAUUGUAUUUUCUUAGAACAAAGGUCAAAUUUCAACUUGAAUGUUUUAUUGUAACAAAUGGCAAUAACCGGUACUGCGACCUUUACCUCCGGGACGAAACGUGGUCUAUUUGAUAUUAAAUAAAUAUUGUAUUAUUUUUUUAGGUAUUAAAUAAUGGCUCCCACCGCUGCACAACCAGCAUUUGACCAUGAUAUCAAAGAAGCUGAACCUCAGACAAAGAAAGGCAUUAAUGCUAUCUUAUUGGGACCUCCAGGAGCUGGGAAAGGAACACAGGCACCUCGUCUGAAAAAGGAAUUCUGUGUUUGCCAUCUUGCCACUGGUGAUAUGCUGCGUGCUGAGGUGGCUUCUGGUUCUGACUUGGGAAAGACCUUGAAGAAAGUCAUGGAUGAGGGCAAACUUGUCAGUGAUUCUCUAGUUGUUGACCUCAUUGACCGAAAUUUGGAUAAAGAGGAAUGUCGGAAUGGAUUUUUAUUAGAUGGCUUUCCACGUACGGUUGUGCAAGCAGAAAAGUUGGAUGAACUUCUUGAUAAAAGGCACACCAAAUUGGAUUCUGUUAUUGAAUUUGGAAUUGAUGACUCCCUUCUGGUCCGCAGGAUUACUGGUAGACUUAUUCAUCCUUCAAGUGGCCGAUCCUAUCAUGAGGAAUUCCAUCCACCUAAGAAGUCUAUGACUGAUGAUAUAACUGGAGAGCCCUUGAUUCGAAGGUCAGAUGAUACAGCUGAAGCACUUCGUAAAAGGCUGGAAGCUUAUCAUAAUCAAACUAAACCUCUUGUGGACUAUUAUAGGUUGAAAGGCAUUCACACACGCAUUGAUGCUGCUCUUGAUGCUGAUAAAGUUUUUGAAAGCAUCCGUAGGACGUUUCUUAAUGCUAAAUCUAAGGACAAAGUUAUGUUUCUUGGGUGAUAACCCUUAUUUUUGAAUUUAAGUAUGAAAAAAUUUAAAGUCAACCAUACUUUUAAUUAACUAUUAAAAUAAAUAAAUUAUUUCCUAAUAAAAUACUUCUUAAUGGCUGCUUACUGUUAUUGCAUACCAUAUUGUUUAUAGUACCCCCUUCCCCCAUUUAAUUGAGUAGCAAAAAAUAUCAAAUUGAAGUUUAUUUAAAAGCCUAGAUUAUUUUUAUAGAAUUUUUCUGUAAAAUAGGACACUAAACUUAAAAUUUUUUUUUAAAUAUUUGAUUGGCAGUGUAAUUUCUUAUUUUUUUUUACUACUUUUGUGAUGCUUGUUUAUUUUACUUUCAUGCAAUUGUAUGUUUUGGGAAGGGAAAGUGUGAUUAAAAUUAAGUACGGGAUUUAAUGUGUGAUCAUUUUUAAAUUUUUGCUUUUUAAAGUUGAUUUCAAUAUUGCGUUAAUAUUUUAAAUGACAAUUCUCAAACUGGAAGCAGCUGUUUUGGAGUUUUGCUUUCCUACCACCCACUUACUCUGUGAUGAAUAGUAUUUUUAUAAGUUAAAUAGACUAAUGAAAAAAAAAAAAAAUGUUUGUGAGAUUGCACUAGUGUACAAAAGAUAUAUAUAUGAGAUUGCAUUAUUUGUACAAAAUGCAUGUGAAUUUGAUUGCUAAUUGCAAGUAGCAAAAGAAUAAAUGAUUUAAAAUUUAGGCACAUUAGCAGAAUUGCACUUUCUAUAUUUUUGUAAUCUGCUAUUUGGUUUUUAAAUAUUAACUUUGACUUAGACUAGUAUUUGAUCUUUUUGUUAUCAAAUAAUUUAGUUUCUUCUGUUAUUUCAAAUGCAUAUUUAUCAUUUAAUAAUUUCAAGUUAUCUGAAUUUAUUUAGUGGCAUAUUAAAUUUGAUGUAUGGAUUUAUUUGUAUUUAGUAAAUAUUGUGUAUUGUUAUAGUAAAUAAUUAAUUUUUAAUCCAUUAACCUUCUGAGUAAUCGAUUAUUUUCAACUAACAUCUUUAAAGUUUGAAAAAUUAAUGUGUAUAAGAUAAUUUUUUUUUAUAUUUAAUAAAAUUUCUGAGAUCUUAAAAAAUAUUUCUCAGGAAUUUUAUAUAUGAAUAUGAUAAUCAGAAAAGGCCAAUUAUGCUGCUUAGAGGGUUAAAGUAAAGGAUGAUCUAUGGCAUUAGAAGGCUUAGUAAGUUUGAGAUUAUUAUCUAGAUUUGGUAGAGUAGUAUGUUCAAGCAAAAGAGGGGCCAAAGUUUAUAAUUUUUGUACUUUUUUUAAAUGAUUAUUUUGGUCUUGGAGUUAGCUAAAAACUGUUGAAAUUUCAUUUUGUAAAGAGAUUUCAAUUUUAUCAAAACAUUUUCAUUUAUCUGGAAUCUUUAUCAAAGUUAGUUAUAACUUUAUCUCGUCUUUUACAUGGAAAAUAUUUUCUAAAUAGCAAAAUAAAAUGUUUGAAAUAAAAAUUUUUUGUGAGUUCUGCUUUUUAUUCUUAAUUUACAUAUGACAUUUUUAUAAUAUAGCUGAAGUUUUUUAAAUUUAGAAAUACUACGCUUGUUAGAAAAUCUAGCAGUAAAAAAAGAAAAAAAAAAUUAAUUUUCUUUAUAAUUUUAUCUAUUAAUAGAUUUGAAUUUUUUAACUGGUUGUGAAAUUUGUUUGAAUCUUGUUUGUAAUAUAUAAAAAUUCCCAUUUCUU